CACGGAAUUAGAGAAGGUGGAAAUUGCAAAAAGGGUGAAAGAGAGAAGAAAGGAAAGACGAAGAGAAGAGAAUUAUAGAAAUCUCUUCAGCCUUGUCUCUCUCUUUUGCUUUUCUUCUCUAUUUCCUUCUCUGCUUCAUCUUAGCAGCUAGCAAAGAAGAGAGGGGUGAGCGGAACAAAAAGAGAGUAAAAAGAAAACCCACGCUUUUGCAAAUCUCUUAUUUCAUUAUUAUAUUUUUGUUCCAAGCUUUUCAAGGGUGAAGAAGAUGAUGGUUGUUAACAGUUUUGAUUUAUGGCAAAAGGACGCCUUCUUUUCUGCAGCAGAAGAGGUUCAAGAAUCCGCUGAUGUAAUGGAAUCAGCAUAUAGGAUGUGGACCAAAGAGAGGAGAAAUGGGCAAAAUGCUUCAGAUUGGGCUGAACUUUGUCGAGAGUUGCAAACUGCGUUGGGUACUGCUAAAUGGCAGUUGGAAGAGUUCGAGAGAGCUAUAAGAUUGAGCCAUGGACAUCAUUGUGAUGAUAGUAGAGCAUCUAGGCACAGACAAUUUAUUGCUGCCAUUGAGAGUCAGAUUCACCGUGUAGAAGCUGCAUUAAAAGAAGCUUUGAUUGAGGAGGGAAAGCAGCCCCUUAGUUGGGUAGAUUUGGAUAGAGAGGAACGUGAUGAUUUGGCCAUGUUCCUUUCUGGAGCCUCUCCAAGCUUGCAACCAUCCAAGACAAACACUCUUUUGCUGAAGGAAAAGGACACAUAUCAUAAUGUCAAUGCUUCUUGCGAUGGAAAUAUGCCUGAAAUCAAAUUUUCUAAUGAUUUUGGCAAAGAUGUUGAGUGUGUAAUUGAUGUAGAUGAUGGAGAAAGUUCUGGAAAGACAGAUGACGUUAGUUAUGUACAUGAUAGAACAAAUAGUACACAAAGAACUUGGAGCUCUCCAAAUUUUGGUUCGUUGAAAAUUGUAAUUGCCGAUGAAUAUGAAGGUAGAACUCAAAUCAGGUCAGGCAUGGAGGCAACUCCUAAGGAAAAAGGAUCGAAGCCUUUCUUCCUUAAGCGAAGGUGUGGAGAACUUCCACAGGUGAAGGGUGCAGUUAAUUUAUUCAAUCUGUGCUUUGGCUGUGUUGGUGCAUUACAGAGACAAUUACAGAGUCCAGUGCACUUGCAGUUUAGUUGUUCACUGCAACUCACUCUCAUUUUAUUGGUAGCCAUUUUUCUAAUUGUGCAUUUUGUACUGUAUUCAAGUUGAGAGCAAGUGGCUGCUAUGUGGUGUAGAUCAAAUAAAAGAUAAACUUAUCUCCUCAAGAUGCAUCAACUUAUUUUCUUUGCAUUUUGUGCAAUGUAGUCAAAGGUGUUGGAUCUAUCUCCUCAGGGCACGAGAAUCCGUUCACAGGUAAAAGGUCAUGAUCUGUAUGGGUGCCAGCUGAAAGAUCUCGGAGCUAACUUAGACCGGAGUUGGAUGUCGUUCUAGAUUUCCUUGCCAUACAUUGUAAACGCAUUGGUAGUCACAUAUGUGUGGGUGUGUGUAUAUAUAUAUAUAUGUAUUCUUGCAAGAGUAUUUAGUAACAUGGGCAGUCAUGUUGCCAUGUGAGCUAAGCUUCAUUGCUCAUCUACUUUAUAUAGAUAUUUCAUCAAGAAGGGUUGUCGGUUUAGUAUUACGAGGGACUUAUCUACCUUCAUAACAAUUGCAGUUACUUGGAACUAAUAUUAGAAGGGUUGCUUCAGUUGUCAUUACUUCAAAUUUAGUGAAUCAUUUUAUAUGAUGAAUUGACCAACAUUUAUUCGAAAUUUUUGGUGUUCUAUUGCAUUGGUGAAUGAGGUUUGAAUUGUUAUUCCCAAACACUGCUGCCGAUAGACAGGUCAUAUACGUAUACAUUCUAAUUUAUCACAGAAGCACCUAUGGCCUAAUGGACAAGGCGCUUUACUCGGACGAUUCUGUAGGAAAUCUGGCUGUGUGAAUGGGCAAUGUUCCUCACUGUUACUGCUUAGGGAUGGACUGAAAGGUCGUGGGUGAGAUGAUGGUUGGCUUGGGCGAUGGGAUCCUGUACUCACCUGAAAUGCAAGAGUACAUGUCCUUAAGGCUAUACUGAAAACUGCAAGAGUACCGGAGAGAAUUGAGCUUGGGUCUAAAUGCAAGAGUACAUGUGCGUAAGGCUAUACUGAAAACUGCAAGAGUACUGGAGAGAAUUGAGGUUGGGUCUAAGAUGAAAUGCAAGGUUCAUAAUCUAAUACUUUACCUUAUCAAAGAAUGCACCAAUUCUAAUGUGGUCUUACGUUGUAAAUCUGACCGGUAGAGCUGCAACCAUGGAGCGUUUUGUUUGUGAAUAUCAUUGCUAGCGCAGCUUUGGAGUGAAGCUCUUACCAGUCUGUUUAAAUGUAUCUGCAAGACUGCAACUAUUAAGAUUUUGUAUAUGUUAAGAAUUAAGCUUUUGCAGCUAAA